GUGAGCUUCCACCCCUGGUUUCCCCGGACUCCAUUGAGAGCCUCUGCAGCUGGCAGCCAGAGGUUGCAAAGGUCACCCCAGCUGGGCGGAUUAAAACAACAGAUCUUCCUGACCGGGUGAAGUUGGCUGCCCAGCGAAGGCAAGUUGCAACAUCUGUGAGCAGAGUCAGACAAACGGCCCCGUAACUUUCUCAGUCUGGCUCUGGGCUCUGCAGCCCGUCCCUGGCUCUCCUUUACAAUCGUCCUUCUCUGACGGACCUUGGACAGGAAUCUCUGCAGCACAGCGGCAAAGCGUGGCUGCCCAUGCGUCCCACCUCAUGGGAGAGCUGCCUGGGGAAGAGGCCACGACCAUGGGGGACGUGAAGCUGGCUGCCUCGGCACACGGUUCCAAAACCUCCCACAGUGCGGAUCACUCGAGAGUCGGCUCCAUGCCCCUGAAGGAGGCCCCUGCUUUCAUUUUGCCCCCUCGGAACCUCUGCAUCAAAGAAGGAGACACCGCCAAGUUUGAAGGGAGGGUCCGGGGUUACCCAGAGCCCCAAGUGACGUGGCACAGAAACGGGCAACCCCUCACCAGUGGGGGCCGCUUCCUGCUGGAUUGUGGUAUCCGGGGGACUUUCAGCCUUGUGAUUCAUGCUGUCUGUGAGGAAGACAAGGGAAAGUAUACCUGUGAAGCCACCAAUGGUAGUGGUGCCCGCCAGGUGACAGUGGAGUUGACGGUAGAAGGAGGCUUUGUGAAGAAGCGUGGUCAGCCUGUUGUUCCCAAAACUUUAGGGGACAGAUUUGCAACCCCCGCAGUGGAGACCCGUCCUAGCAUCUGGGGAGAGUGCCCACCAAAGUUUGCUACCAAGCUGGGCCGAGCCAUCGUCAGAGAAGGACAGAUGGGACGAUUCUCCUGCAAGAUCACUGGCCGGCCCCAACCACAGGUCACCUGGCUCAAGGGAGAUGUUCCCCUGCAGCCGAGUGCCCGGGUGUCUAUGUCUGAGAAGAAUGGGAUGCAAGUUCUGGAAAUCCAGGAGGUCAACCAAGAUGAUGUGGGAGUGUACACAUGCAUGGUGGUGAACGGGUCAGGGAAGGCCUCCAUGUCAGCAGAACUUUGUAUCCAAGGUUCGGACAAUGCCAAUAGGUCAUUUGUGAGAGGAACCAAGGCAGCCAAUUCUGAUAUCAGGAAGCAAGUGACCAAUGGAAUCACGCAGGGGCCAACCCUGGACAGCCUGGACACUGCAGCUCAACGCAAGAACUGCUCCAGCACCCAGCGGGGCUCCCCUGCCUGGACCACAAGUAGCCAGCCUCAGCCCCUGAGGGAAUCCAAUCUGGAGCAGGGGGACUCAUCUAGAAGGGCCCUGAGAACCUCCAUCCAGACUUCCAGUACCAUCACCCUGCAGGCCGCAAAAGUCCAGCCAGAACCAAGAGCACCGGUCUCGAGUGCCCUCUCUCCUUCCAGAGAAGAGAGAGAGAGCCCAGCUGUUCCCCCUCCAGCCACCCUCCCCACCAGGCAGUCUGGCCUGGGAAGCCAAGAAGUUGUGAGCAAGGUUGCUACCAGGAAAGUCCCCAUGGACAGCUGGAGGGAUUCAACAUUCCCCACAUUCGAGAGCAAGCCCCAAAGCCAGGAAGUCAGUGAAGAUCAAACAGUCAAGUUCAGAUGUGAGGUUUCAGGAAUCCCAAAACCCGAAGUGACCUGGUUCCUGGAAGGUGCCCCCGUGAGGAGACAAGAAGACACCAUUGAGGUUUAUGAAGAUGGCAGGUCCCAUUACCUCUGCCUGCUGAGAGCCCAGGUGAAGGACAGUGGGAGCUACAGCUGCACAGCCUCCAACGUCCGAGGCCAGGUGUCCUGUGACUGGACACUCCUGGUGAAAAAAAAGAAGAGUGACAGGAAGAGCGAGUACCUCCUACCCAUGGCUCCCGGCAAGUCCACUGCGCCCCGCUUCCUGCAGGGCCUCUCUGAUCUCAAAGUCAUGGAUGGAAGCCAGGUCACCAUGACAGUCCAGGUGUCAGGGAACCCGCCCCCUGAAGUCAUCUGGCUUCACAAUGGGAAUGAGAUCCAGGAGUCGGAGGACUUCCACUUUGAACAGAGAGGCACUCAGCACAGCCUCUGUAUCCAAGAGGUGUUCCCUGAGGACACGGGCACCUAUACCUGCGAAGCCUGGAACAGCGCUGGAGGGGUCCGCACCCAGGCCGUGCUCACAGUGCAAGAGCCUCAGGAUGGCACCCAGCCCUGGUUCAUCAGUAAACCACGCUCGGUGACAGCCUCCCUGGGCCAGAGCGUCCUCAUCUCCUGUGCCAUUGCUGGUGACCCCUUCCCCACCGUGCACUGGCUGCGAGAUGGCAAAGCCCUCUCCAAAGACACUGGCCACUUUGAGGUGCUACAGAAUGAGGACGUGUUCACCCUGGUUCUAAAGAAUGUGCAGCCCUGGCAUGCCGGCCAGUAUGAGAUCCUGCUCAGGAACCAGGUUGGCGAAUGCAGUUGCCAGGUGUCACUGAUGCUCCAGAGCAGCCCUUCCAGAGCUCCACCACGGGGGAGGGAGCCUGCCAGCUGUGAGGGCCUCUGCGGCCGAGGAGCUGGUGCUGAUGGUGGUGGUGGAGACUGCUAUGGGACCCUGAGGCCCAGCUGGCCAGCAAGAGGGCAGGGUUGGCCCGAGGAAGAAGACAGUGAGGACGUGCGGGGGGUGCUGAAGAGGCGCGUGGAGACGCGGCAGCACACCGAGGAGGCCAUCCGCCAGCAGGAGGUAGAGCAGCUGGACUUCCGUGACCUCCUGGGGAAGAAGGUGAGUACCAAGACCUUGUCAGAGGAAGACCUGAAGGAGAUCCCAGCUGAGCAGAUGGAUUUCCGCGCCAACCUGCAGCGGCAAGUGAAGCCAAAGACUGUGUCAGAGGAAGAGAGGAAGGUGCAUAGCCCCCAACAGGUCGACUUCCGCUCUGUCCUGGCCAAGAAGGGGACUCCCAAGACCCCAGUGCCUGAGAAGGUACCACCACCAAAACCUGCCACCCCGGAUUUUCGCUCGGUGCUGGGCAGCAAGAAAAAAUUACCAGCAGAGAAUAGUAGCAAUGAUGCUGAGGCCUUGAAUGCCAAGGCAGCAGAAAGUCCCAAGCCCGUGGGCAAUGCCCAGCCUUCAGGGUCCCUGAAACCCAUGGGCAACGCCAAGCUAGCUGAGACCCUUAAACCCGUGGGCAACACCAAGCCAGUCGAGACCCUGAAACCCGUGGGCAACGCCAAGCCUGCUGAGACCCUGAAACCUGUGGGCAACGUUAAGCCAGCUGAGACCCUGAAACCUAUCAGCAACGCCAAGCCAGCUGAGACCACAAAACCUAUGGGCUUCGCCAAGCUUGCUGAGACCCCAAAACCCUUGGGCAACGUUAAGCCAGCUGAGCCUCUGAAACCUGUGGGCAACACCAAGCCAGCUGAGACCCUGAAACCCAUGGGCAUCGCCAAGCCUGCUGAGACCCCAAAACCCUUGGGCAACGUUAAGCCAGCUGAGCCCCUGAAACCUGUGGGCAACGCCAAGCCAGAUGAGCCCCUGAAACCUGUGGGCAAUGCCAAGCCUGCUGAGACUCCAAAACCAUCUGGGAAAGAAGAACUCAAGGAGGUUAAGAAUGAUGUGAACUGUAAGAGGGGGCUUGCGGGGACCACAGAUAAUGAAAAAAGAUCAGAGAGCCAAGGGACAGCGCCAACCUUCAAGGAGAAGCUAAAAGACGUCCAUGUGGCAGAGGGUGAGAGGCUGCUACUCCAGUGCCAGGUGUCCUCGGACCCCCUGGCCACCAUCACCUGGAUGCUGAAUGGAAAGACACUCAAGACCACCAAGUUCAUCAUCCUCUCCCAAGAAGGUCCACUGUGCUCCCUCUCCAUCGAGAAGGCACUGCCCGAGGACAGAGGCUUAUACAAGUGUGUAGCCAAGAAUGGCGCCGGCCAGACCGAGUGUUCCUGCCAAGUCACCGUGGACGGUGCUCCCACCAGUGAGAAUGCCAAGGCCGGGGAGCUGAAAGCACGGAGACCCAAGAGCUCUCUUCCUCCUGUGCUAGGAACAGAAAGUGAUGCAACUGUGAAAAAGAAACCUGCCCCCAAGACACCUCCGAAGGCAGCCAUGCCCCCACAGAUCAUCCAGUUUCCCGAGGACCAAAAGGUGCGUGCGGGAGAAUCUGUCGAGCUGGUUGGUAAAGUGGCAGGCACCCAGCCCAUCACCUGUACGUGGAUGAAGUUCCGAAAGCAGAUCCAGGAAAGCGAACACAUCAAGGUGGAGAACAGCGAGAAUGGCAGCAAGCUCACCAUCCUGGCCGCACGCCAGGAGCACUGUGGCUGCUACACCCUGCUGGUGGAGAACAAGCUGGGCAGCAGGCAGGCCCAGGUCAACCUCACUGUUGUGGACAAGCCAGACCCCCCAGCCGGCACACCUUGCGCCUCUGAUAUCCGGAGCUCCUCGCUGACCCUGUCCUGGUACGGCUCCUCGUAUGAUGGGGGCAGUGCCGUCCAGUCCUACAGUGUCGAGAUCUGGGACUCGGUGGACAAGACAUGGAAGGAACUAGCCACAUGCCGCAGCACCUCUUUUAACGUCCAGGACCUGCUCCCUGACCGAGAGUAUAAAUUCCGUGUACGCGCAGUCAACGUGUACGGGACCAGUGAGCCGAGCCAGGAGUCUGAACUCACAGCAGUGGGAGAGAAACCUGAGGAGCCGAAGGACGAAGUGGAGGUGUCAGAUGAUGAUGAGAAGGAGCCUGAGAUCGAUUACCGGACGGUGACAGUCAAUACUGAACAAAAAGUGUCUGACUUCUAUGACAUCGAGGAGAGACUAGGAUCUGGGAAAUUUGGACAGGUCUUUCGACUUGUAGAAAAGAAAACUGGAAAAAUCUGGGCAGGGAAAUUCUUCAAGGCAUAUUCGGCAAAAGAGAAAGAGACUAUCCGGCAAGAGAUCGGCAUCAUGAACUGCCUCCACCACCCCAAGCUGGUCCAGUGUGUGGAUGCCUUCGAGGAAAAGGCCAACAUCGUCAUGGUCCUGGAGAUCGUGUCAGGGGGCGAGCUGUUCGAGCGCAUCAUCGACGAGGACUUCGAGCUGACAGAGCGGGAGUGCAUCCAGUACAUGCGGCAGAUUUCAGAGGGUGUGCAGUACAUCCACAAGCAGGGCAUCGUGCACCUGGACCUCAAGCCCGAGAACAUCAUGUGUGUCAACAAGACGGGCACCAGGAUCAAGCUCAUCGACUUUGGGCUGGCCAGGAAGCUGGAGAAUGCCGGGUCUCUGAAGGUCCUUUUUGGCACCCCAGAGUUUGUGGCACCUGAAGUGAUCAACUAUGAGCCCAUCAGCUACGCUACAGACAUGUGGAGCAUCGGGGUCAUCUGCUACAUCCUGGUCAGUGGACUUUCCCCCUUCAUGGGUGACAACGAUAACGAAACCUUAGCCAACGUUACCUCAGCCACCUGGGACUUUGACGACGAGGCCUUUGAUGAGAUCUCCGAUGAUGCCAAGGAUUUUAUCAGCAAUUUGCUGAAGAAAGAUAUGAAAAACCGCCUGGACUGCACCCAGUGCCUUCAGCAUCCAUGGCUAAUGAAAGACACCAAGAACAUGGAGGCCAAGAAGCUCUCCAAGGACCGGAUGAAGAAGUACAUGGCAAGAAGGAAAUGGCAGAAAACGGGCAAUGCUGUGAGAGCCAUUGGAAGGCUGUCCUCUAUGGCAAUGAUCUCAGGGCUCAGUGGCAGGAAAUCCUCAACAGGGUCACCAACCAGCCCACUCAAUGCAGAAAAACUAGAAUCUGAAGAAGAUGUCUCCCAGGCUUUCCUUGAGGCUGUUGCUGAGGAAAAGCCCCAUGUAAAGCCCUAUUUCUCUAAGACCAUUCGUGAUUUAGAAGUCGUGGAGGGGAGUGCUGCUAGAUUUGACUGCAAGAUUGAAGGAUACCCAGACCCUGAGGUCGUCUGGUUCAAAGAUGACCAGUCAAUCAGGGAGUCCCGCCACUUCCAGAUAGACUACGAUGAAGAUGGGAACUGCUCUUUAAUCAUUAGCGAUGUUUGCGGGGAUGACGAUGCCAAGUAUACCUGCAAGGCUGUCAACAGUCUUGGAGAAGCCACCUGCACAGCGGAGCUCAUUGUGGAAACCAUGGAGGAAGGAGAAGGGGAAGGGGAGGAGGAAGAAGAGGAGGAAGAGGAGGAGUGAAACAAAGCCAGGGAGAAGCAGUUCCUAAGUCAUAUUACAAAGACUAUUUCUCUAAAGCUCAAAAAAUCCAAGAUAGUAAACGCACCUAGUGUGGUAGAUUAUCUAGUUAGGCCAUCUGGGGGUUGAUUCUUCAGCAACAGCAGUUGAUACCUGGCAGCAGUAUUGAUGGGCAUUAAUUUGAAUUAGCUGGCACCUUAAGAUACCAGUGCAGCUGGAUUUAUUUUGGGAAAUCAUCAGUAACUUGCCUGACCAGUUGAAUUUAGAGAGAAAGUAACCAAAAGAAAUAGUUAUCUAGGCAAAGUCAUACAUUCCCCAACCGAAAGCACUCGUGAAAACAAAGGCCCAAACAGGGCUCUGGGCCCGCCAGCCACAGCUCAGCCCAGAGGGCCCCUGGAGAUGGAGGGCGCUCUCCCAGCUCCUGGCUCCAGAGAACUGGGUCUUCUCCAGUCCUGCAGCACUUCUUUCUGAAAGCAGUUGAGCCAUUUUAACUUACAAGGCACAUUUGAUUCCAAAGUAUACUGUAGACAUUCAGACUUUUCCUUUCUCUCCCCCGUUCUACCUGCCAGUUUUUCUGGAUCUGAACUUGCCAUGAGUUUAAGAACUAAGGACAUUACGCUUCUUAGAUUCUAAAGACAGGUCCCCUGCUCAUGGAUUACUUUGGCUUCCUUAGGAAAAUAGAACCUCCCUUCUUCCAAAAUCAGUAGGAAAUCUAAACUUAUCCCCUCUUUGCAGAUGUCUAGCAGCUUCAGACAUUUUUUUAUAAGAACCGUGAAAAAAAAAAUCCUUGCUAAUGUGCUUUUCUUCUUAAACCAGGAUUCAUAUUUGUGCUGUUAUAGAAUAUCAGUCCUGCAUGUGUGGUGAAGAUUUUUAUGUUUGAAUGUAUGAAAAACCAGUUUGCUGAAAGUCAGUCUUAAUUAUUUAUUGGCCAUGAUGAAACAUUUCAACUGAUGGAAAGCUGUAGAACGCCACAUACUCUGGAAUCUCCUUCAAGAUAGUCUGAGUUGAAUACACCUGCAUUCUAGACACUCUCCAGAGAGCUCGACCUGCCUUCUGGGCUCCACGAUGUUUUUCUUCUUGAAUGUGCAUCAGUCAGGCCUUGCCCCCACCGUGAAAUACAUUCUGAGACCUGGGAAAUGCACUCAGACUUGCAUCUUUAGGGAUUUUUAACUUUCUUUCACUACAUUGGCACUUAAAUUUUUCUUGAUAAAACUUUUUGAAGGUCGUAAACAAAGACCAUAACUGAUAUGCCUAAUACAUUUCAUCUGCGUGUGUGUGUAACAUUCCAAAUACUUUUUUCUUUUCCACUGUUCGUAAAGUACAGCAAGUCAAUAUUCCAAGGGACUUGUUAGUAGUUCCUUGAGAACCAAUUUGAAAUUACUUCAGUGCAAUCCUACACGGUAUCAACAUUAGAAUUUUGGUAUUACUUAGUCUUAUGUUAUCUUCCAUUCUAUUUUUAUCUGCUUUUUGCUGCUAGUUUCAAACUGCCAGUAUUUUUCCUUUUUGCUUUUUAAACAGUUACAAUAUUUUUCAUAAUAGCCACCGUAUUCACAGUUUAUUAUAAUAAAGGGUUUUUAAUUUGAUUUAGAGCAUUCAAAGCUUUUCUUCAUCACUUUUGUGUUAGACUAUAAUCUUAUUUGUGUGUGUGUCAUGUGUGUGCGCAUGUGUGGUGUGUAUGUUUGUUGACAGGUUUUUAAUGCCUUCUUGAAAUUGUGUUAAUGUUCUCCCUGUUCAUUAUGCCAUCAGAAUGGUAAAUGAGAACACUACAACUAUAGUUAGCUCACAAUUUUUAAAUAAAGGAUACCACAGUG